CAUAGAGUUGCCAGUCUGCAACUAAGCUCGAAGCAAUAUGAGCAACAUCAACGUGUCCUCCGGUGUUCGUCCAUUGCGGGAAGGACUUCAGCGUAUAGCCAUCGAGGAGCUAAACGAGGUGCCAUCUCGAGUAUCCUCCGACAUAAUAGCUCUGCGGGAUUGGCUGCAGAAACAGCCUCAUCUCUGUUCCUGCCUCACGGAUCAGUUCCUCUUGGGCUUCCUGAGGGGCAGCAAGUUCAGUUUGGAGAAGGCCAAACAAAAGAUCGAUCGAUACUAUACACUCCAGGCGGCCAUUCCCGAGGUCUUUAAUGAGCACCGACUAGCCGACGAUCCGCAGGUGCUCGAAAUUAUUCGAAUGGGCGUCAUUCUUCGUAUUCCUCUGCACGAAGAUGAUACGGGUCCGGCGGUGACCAUAAUUCGUGCUGGAUCCUAUGAUACGACCAAGUACAAGUUCCAGGAUAUCAUACGAGUGGGUUCCAUGUUCGGCGAGAUUAUGAUGUUAGAGGACGACAAUGCGAAUGUCAGUGGCUAUAUUGAGUUCCUAGACAUGUCAGGGAUUGCGGCUGCCAAUCUCUUUGCACUACAGCCGCAUAUAUUGAGUAAGUUUUCGGCCUUUGCGGAUGAGGCUAUGCCCACCAGGCAGAAGGGAAUUCAUUUUAUAAAUGUGCCAUCAUCAUUUGAAAGCGGUUUCAAUUCUAUACGCUCCUUCUUUCCCGAGAAGAUCAGAAAUCGUGUUUCAGUUAGCUCCGAUCCUGAAUCGAUCUUUGAACGCGUACGCCGUGAGUAUUUGCCAAAGGAAUACGGUGGCACCAAGGGCACCAUGCAGGAUAUUAUUGAUCAGAUGGAACGGAAAAUGUUGAGUUAUCGCGAUUACUUCGAGCAGUCGCGUCACUUUGGCGCCAACGAAAAGCUAAGGGAAGAUAAGGCGAAUAGUAAAAAAUUUCCGAGUCACUUUGGCAUGGAUGGAUCAUUCCGCGUAUUAGAUAUUGACUGAAGAGUAAACAUUCCAAACCAUGUAAACCCAUCAAACAGCAAUAAACUCCAUAUAUUAGCACUGCA